CAUUGUCUGCAAUGUAAAUGGAGAACCUUUAAGAUUUUAACAGCUGUCAACAAGGCAAUAGAUCGUACAAAGAUCACCCGUGUCAUAAAUACGUACCGCUGAGUCGAUUCCCAUGAAAUAGGAGAGCUUAAACUGCUUCAGUAUUACGUAGUUGCAUGCUGUGACAGAGAUUGACCUCUGUCUUAAGGACUUAAAGAAGUAUGGCAUACUCAGUGCUGCGUUUAUUUCUCAUUUUUGGCCUUCACUUUUCUCGGUGCUACUCAAAGCCUGUCAAUGACGGGAAUACAAGAGACGCAAACGGACAGGAGAGAGAUUCGCCAUACGCGAUGAGAACUAAAUUGGAUGAAAUUGCUAACAGAGAUUAUGAAACAGUACAUGGUCGCAUCUUAGCAGUCAACAUGGCGCAUCUCAGGAAAAAAAGACAAACAGCGAACAUAGAAACUCAGUCAGGAGGAACGGUGUUUGACAGAAUAGAGGAAGCGAACAAUGGAAACAUUUCACAAUUCUACCAAGGCGACAUUGUGCUGGAUCCUGAGUUGAAGGAGUAUAUAAAAACUGGUGGCAACUCGCGAAAUGCAGUAAGAGGUCGUAAAAGACUGUGGACCAGUCGCAUCAUACCCUAUCGGGUCCCUUCGCACAUGGGUCAUAUAACUUCAAAUGUCCGUGUGGCCAUUAACGAGUUUCACAGAACGACAUGUUUACGAUUUGUAAAUUACUACAGUGGCUAUCAUAAAAACUACAUUGAAUUUAGCAAUAAAGAUGGAUGCUCAUCCAGGGUUGGAAAGAGAUAUCAUUCCCCUGGUAAACAAAUCAUCUCCAUCGGACCCGGAUGUAAUAACGUAGGAACCAUAAUUCACGAGAUAAUGCAUGCCAUAGGUUUCUUCCACGAGCAAUCACGGAUGGACAGAGAUAAAUACGUGAGAAUAAACUGGGAGAACAUUCUAACUGGAUUCUCAGACCAGUUUGAUAGAUACAGCUGGAGGACGAUCGAUCAUUUGGGUGUAUCGUACGACUAUCAGUCUAUCAUGCACUACGAUCGUCUUGCGUUUACAAAAAACGGAGAGCCAACCAUCGUUGCUGUUGGGAAUGAAAAUAUGGAAUUUGGUUCACCAUCCAGGAGGCUCAGCUCAAGAGAUAUUUUGGAAAUAAACGCUCUGUACGAUUGCAAAGCAACUACAUCGUAUGGAUGGGCCACUUGGUCUGGAUGGACUCCAUGUGAUGAAAAAUGUUAUCGAACUCGCGAGAGGUACUGCUAUCACUCUGGCAACAUCAAGUCUUGUGGGGGAAAUGUGAAUGGGUACGGAGUGGAAAUUCAAAGAGUAAAAUGUUCGUCGUCUAUAUGUCCAGCUCCUAUUGAUGGACACUGGGGUCGCUGGUCAGAUUGGGGAAGUUGCAGCAAAACGUGCAAUGAUGGUAUCAGGAAACGCUUUCGAAGGUGUGACAAUCCCUCUCCCGCUCAUGGGGGGAAAAAUUGCCAAGGUUACGAGAGGGGGCAAGAAAUGUGUAUUUUGAAGAGAUGUCAUCUGGAAAAAGAUGAUGUAGAUUUUGAAAAUUCUCGUCUUGGGAUGUGGGGGAAUUCUAAUACUGACAACCUCAACUGGAAUUUUAAUCGCGGCUUCACAUCAACGAUCCACACGGGCCCUGACAAGGAUCAUACAAACGGUCAAGGCUUUUACUUGUACGUUGAAUCUUCAUUAACCCGCCCUGGACAAAGAGCAGAACUUGUGAGCCCCUGGACCCCGGCGAGGAGAGGCGGACAAUGCCUAAAAUUUUACUACACCAUGUACGGUAGUACAAUGGGAAGUCUGGCCAUCAAGCUACAAUUAUCAAACGGCAAAAACUGGCUUAUUUUCUACAAGCAUGGUAACCAAGGGAAAGGCUGGAAGAAAGGGAUGGGAAACAUCAAUGUUCCCCUGGGAUUGUCGUAUAAGCUAGCUAUUCAAGGCACAAUAGGUCAGGCUGGAUACUCAGAUAUUGCCAUUGAUGAUGUGUACAUCGAUCCCGGACUAUGCAAGUGUCAAGAUGAUUAUUACACCUGUCAUAUCUGGGCGACCAAAGGUGAAUGUUCAGCCAACAAAAAGUGGAUGAGAGAAAACUGCAAGAGGAGUUGCAAUGUUUGCGGAGCUAUCAGUGCUACAACACCACCUCCCGCUAACUGUGAGGAUGACAGUCAAUACAAAGGUCAGUGCCCUGGUUGGGCUAAAAUCGGUGAAUGUCAGAAGAAUCCAGCCUGGAUGAAGCUUCACUGUCGAAAAAGCUGCAAGAUCUGCGCACCUGGUGUAACUGCAUGUAAAGAUUCGGACAAACGCUGUUCUGCGUGGGCCAAAAUCGGUGAAUGUACCAAGAAUCCAUUGUGGAUGAAGCCAAACUGCAAGCUGAGUUGCAAGCAGUGCUAAAAAAAAUUCUGGUUCAGCUUUAAAUAACUUUUCAUUUUAAUACUUCUGCGGAAGAACCAUCUUCUGCUGGAACUGAAAAUUCUGGGUGGUAAGAAAACGCAGUGGAUUGAAAUGAGAGGGGAAUCUCGGUGCGGAUAUCUAUCUUACUUUUAGCGAGAAUGAUUAAAAUGUCUCAUAACUUCGAGACUGAA